GUCAAGUAAACUCAUAAAAUUUUCAAUGGUUUGUUUAGGGAGAGCGCAGAUCUAAGUCAAACACAUGGCUUUCUAGAAAAAUGAGAAAAAUGGCAAGAUGGAUUGCUAGAAGAAAUAGCUGCAAAGUGGGCGUUGUUAUUGUGCCUCCUCCUCUUCAAGAAGAAGAAUUAGAGUCUGAGGGUACGAAUGCAGCAGAAGAGGUGUUUUGUGAAAGCGUUCAGGAUAGGACACCAACUCCGGUCAUAGAGGACAGUUAUGUAUAUUCAGAAGAACUUGAAGAUAAUGGCAUUGAUGAUUCAAUGCAGCGCAUUAUACAUCAAGCAGGUCUUUCAGUGGAAUAUUUUCAUGCUGCAGACCAAAAUCAAGGAUCUUCUUCUUGGAGUGAAGAGACACUAUCUUGGAAGUACGAGGGCAUAAGACGAAGAAGAGAGCUGCGAAAAUGGUCAUGUAAGAGCCUUAGAAUAUAGUUACAUUAAAGGAUGUAUGUCUCAUAUGAAUAUUGGAAGGAGCACAGAAUUUUACCGAACGAUGAGUAGCUUGACCACUCAAAUCUUUUACAUAAGGGGUUCCUACUAACUUUCAUUUUAUAAAUGGAAAACUAAUAAUGCCGCACUUAAUUUUAAAAAUCAUUUUCUUCAAGUUUUCUUAAAAGCGUGAGAGCGUUUGGUCACGGUACCACUCGAACUGAUGCCUUCUUUGUCCCUGGAGGCAUCUUCGUACUUGUGCUGCAACUUUCGUUUGGAAGGAUUUAAAUGAGAUGCAU